UGUAUGCACAUGCCAGGUGCUAUUAACGCUGGUAUUUGUGGAUUUACACAUCUGUCCUGUUCUGGAUUUACUUUGUGUGCAUCUUCAAACAACUUUUGUGAUCCUGGUUACAUCUGUGUGUAUCAUCCUGUAUGCUAUACACUUCCGAUUUGUUAUCCAGUGUCGAUGGCCGGUGAACCAUUUUGUCCAACGAUAACAAAUGAGAACAAUCUUAAAUGGAAACAAAAUGCCAUCACUGUAGCUGGUGGAAAUGGACAAGGACAAAAAUUAAAUCAACUCAAUAUCCCUUGGAGAAUCUUUAUUGACGAAAAGAAAAAUAUUUUCAUUGCUGAUUAUUUCAAUGAUCGUAUUGUUGAAUGGAAAUAUAAUGCAAAAGAAGGACAAAUCAUUGCAGGUGGAAAUGGACAAGGCAGUCGAAUGGAUCAAUUAGAUCGACCAUCAGAUGUGAUUGUUGAUCAACAAAAUCAUUCGAUCAUCAUUGCUGAUGUGGUAAACAGACGUGUGAUUCGAUGGAUGAAUCAAACUCAACAGAUUCUCAUUCACAAUAUCGACUGUCAUAACUUGGCAAUAGAUAAACAUGGAUUUCUUUAUGUUUCUGAUCAUAAGAAGGACGAAGUGAGACGAUGGAAAAUGGGAGAAUACAACAACGAAGGAAUUGUAGUGGCAGGUGGAAAUGAUAGAGGAAAUCAACUUAAUCAACUUAGUACUCCUGGUUUUAUCUUUGUUGAUGAAGAACAAUCUGUUUAUGUAUCAGAUAGAGACAAUCAUCGUGUGAUGAAAUGGAGAAAAGAUGCAAGAACAGGAAGAAUUGUGGCUGGAGGAAAUGGUAAUGGAAAGAAUCUCAAUCAAUUGGCUUUACCUUUUGGAGUCAUUGUUGAUGAUUUGGGUCAAAUCUAUGUAGCAGAUUUGGGAAAUGCUCGAGUAAUGCGUUGGCGUGAAGGACAAGACGCAGGUGAAGUUGUUGUUGGUGGAAAUGGUGAAGGAAAUCAACCAAAUCAAUUAUAUAAUCCCGCAGGUUUAUCAUUUGAUGAUGAAGGCAAUCUUUAUGUUGCUGAUUAUUGGAAUCAUCGAAUUGAAAAAUUUGAAAUAAUUUUGUGA